AUGGACUUUACUGAAAUCUAUCGACACUCUGGCUCUCUCGUCGCGUUCAGUCCCGGAGCCCACUUUAUUCUCACUGCUGUUCAAGAUAGGAUUAUUGUCCGCCGCACCGAUAACUUUCAGAUCACGCGAACUUGGCUCGUUGACGCGUCUCCAUCACCACCUCAAGCGGCGUUAUCUGUGCUGAAGUCGAAACAGAAGGCUUCUAGUUCAAGUUCUGCAACACCUCAAAUCGACUCGUGGAUAACUCACGCGGGCUGGUCUUCCGACUCUGAAUACAUUCUUGCAGCUUGUACAAAGCGAGGCGUUGUACACCUUCUUAAAUUACGCGACGAGGAAUGGAGUGGCCGUAUAGACUCAGGCGCUGAAGGGCUCGUCAAGGCAGAGUGGGCACCCGAUGGACGCACCGUGGUAUGCUUCUCUGAGUGGGGGUUACGUGUUUCAAUGUGGUCUUUGACCACGGGGAGUGCUACAUACAUUCAAUUUCCCACUCAUAUCGACAGAGGUUAUGCCUUUCGCUCCGAUGGACGGUAUUUUGUUCUGGCUGAACGACAUAAAUCGAAGGACACGAUAGGUGUAUAUGAAGCGUCUGCUGCCUAUAAACUCGUUCGGCACUUUCCCCUACCAACAUCAUUCGUAUCAUCUCUGGCCUUGUCGCCCACUGGGAAUCACAUUGCGGUGUGGGAAGGGCCUUUAGAGUACAAAUUAUAUAUCUUAACUCUGGCUGGUGAAAUUCUUGCUUCAUUCUCCCCAGAAUCCGACCCAGGUUUUGGUAUUCGAACCGUAUCUUGGCAUCCCAGUGGUUUGUUCCUUGUUGUUGGAGGAUAUGAUGACAAGAUUUAUGUUUUAGAUAGCCUUAGCUGGUCGCCUGUAGCAACUUUAGAGUUGUCGGCCAGAAUACCACCUAGUGUUGCUGUUUGGCGGGAGCCCUCGAAAUGGAUGGAAACAACGGAGGGCCGUGGUUUUCUGUCUUACGAAAGACUUCAGGGGACACACUCAAUCAACAUCACACGCGCUGACCCUACUAAACCCAACCCAAAAAGAGGCACUGUGCAGCUCGAAUGGAACACUACUGGAAGCCUUCUCAUGGCCCGGUUUGAAAACAUCACAUCAGCUGUUCACAUUUUCGAUUUCCCCUCCUCUCAAGCACAAUUUUCACCUCGACUUCGAAGUGUGUUGCUACAUGCACGCCCCAUUCUACAUGGAAGGUGGAAUCCUGUGCGGAAAGGCAGCCUGGCACUUUGCACAAGGGGCCAAAGCGUUUAUACCUGGAGUGACGAGUGGGUUGGCGAAGGGGGCGAAGAAGAGAUGGCGGAAUGUAUCGGUAUACCAGCCAAGAAUUUUGAAACUCGAGAUCUUAAAUGGGCUCCCGAUGGCAAAGGGAUUGUUUUGUUAGGUAGAGAACAGUUUUGCUGUGCAUUUGAAGUAGAGGAGUACUAA